UCUUGUUGUUGUUGGUGUCCAUACAAACAAUUUUUUCAUACGAAAUUCGAUGACAAGAAUCAGGAAGCCAAAAUUCUUAAUCAUCAUGUAAAAUAAUUUGCGAUUAAUUUGGAGAAAAAAAGCACGAAAUAAGUCUCCAUUCACAGAUUUUUAUUAUUGCUGCCGAUAAAAUUUAUUUAUAUCAUAAUCAUAAUGACAACCAUAAUAUUAUACAUCCUUUCAACAUUUAUAAUUGUGUUUGAUUGUAUAUUACAGUCACAGUCACAGUCACAGUCACAACAACAACAACAACGUCCAACAGGUUUCUUUCUACAUCAUGAACAUCAAACACCUAGAUUUUCAUAUUCCUAUACAAUCAAUCACUUAAAGAAAUUGAAAAAUAAUGAUAGGUCAUCAUUGAAUAAUGAUUUGAUAAGCCAGCCAUCAUCACAGUCAUUAUCGACACGAAUAAAUCACCGCACAUCAUCCAUCAUCAAUAAUCAUCAUCGACAACAUUUUGGAUCUCAAAUUAACCAACGUCUUUAUCCAUAUCUGGAGAAACCAUUUCAACGUUUGUGUUUACAACAAUCAAAAUUUCAUCGUGGAUUCUAUGUUGGACGAUCUAAUGAUGGUAAACAUUGUUACUAUGUUUGUCCGGAUAAUCCACAAAAAAUACCGAUCGGUCAGGUUAAUUAUUUUUGUUGCCGUUCAGGAUUUGGUUUUGAUUUUCAAACCAAAGUCUGUAUUAAAACACAAUCAUUAAAUCCUUUACGUCCAUCAUGGCCUACACAAUCAAAUGAUAGAACUCCUUCAACAAAACCGAAAUGUAUCGAUGGUGAAACCAAACCUCAUCCAUUUGAUUGCCAACGAUAUUAUCGUUGUUUGUUCAAUCAUAAAUUUGUCGAAAUGAAAUGUCCAUUUGAAUUCGGUUGGAAUCCAAUGCACAAAAUAUGCGAUCCAACCUAUAGACAACAAUGUCGACGACCAAUAUUGAAAGCGAAACCACCGAUGACAAAAAAUGAUAAUUAUCCAGUGAUAAAAUCAAAAUGGCCAUCAAAAUCCAUUGUAAAUCGAUUUUGGACAAAAUUCAAUGAAAGGCCACAAUUACCACCGCUUAAGCCAUCGAUAAAAAAUGUUGGAAAAAAACGACAAAAUCAUCGACCGUCUACAUCGGAUGACAUCGAUCAAAAUUCAAUUGAACCACAACAACAACAACAACAACUCGACGAUGAAGAUGAUGACGAAGAACGUCAACGCAAUAAUGUUCCAUGUCCUAUGAAUCGAUGGCAACGUAAAUUUUUCCUUCAACAUUAUGGUCGUGAUUGUAUUUCUAAUGAUAAUGAUAAUAGCAUCAAUGAUGGUGGCAAUACUUUGUCGGUGGCAACUAAAACUAUUUCAUCGAUAAAUAAUUCAACAAUCAAUAAUUCACAACCACCUUUUAGACGGCGUCAGCCAUUGUUUGGUACAAAAACACGUCCAGACGACGAUAAUAAUGGAAGAAAAACAACAAAACGAAAAUUCUGGCAACGAAGACGCCCAAAAUCUACUACAACAACAACAACUACUACCACCACUACAACCACAACAACGACGACGACGACAACCACACCUCCCUCUAUCAAAGAGACAAAACCAAUCAAUUUUCCUGACACUUAUUCACCGGGAUUGAUCCCGGAAUUAACUAUUAAUCCAUCCAUCACUAGUUCGACAACUGAAUCUAUUGAAAUAAUGACGCAACCAUCGACUAUGUCUACGGAAAUUGAACGAGAAACAUCGAUCACAACCACUACUGAAACUCCCAUGACAACCGUAUCGGAAACAGAAGAACUUAGUACAUUACCAACAACAACUGAAACAAACGAACAAUCGAGCAUGGAUUUAACGACGACCUUGCCUUUGGAAACAUUUGAAACAACAACGAAAUCUAAUGAUAUUGGAGAAGAAUCAUUAUCACCCACAACACUUACAACAAUGACUCCAGAAAAUCUUAUGACACAUACCGAUAGUAUUGAAAGAGAAGACGAUACAACAUCGACGACUACAGGAUCAACAACGACUGAAAUGACAACAAUAGAAACAACCACUAUCGAAAUUCGUGAACCAUUAAUAUUCGAAGAGAAUGCCCAUUGCUAUGAACCGACAGCUCGUUAUAAAGAUAAUGAGGAUUGUCAAUGUUUUUAUGAAUGUCAAUUCAACAAACGAUUAACAAGAAAUUGUUGUCCAGAUGGUCUGUUUUUCAAUCAAAUUGAUUAUGAGCCCAGUAUCAACGGAACAGAUAUGUCAGAUGAAUCAGAAUCUGAAACAGCAUAUUGUGAUCUAAUUGAAAAUGUAGAUUGUAAAACCAUUAUUCAGUAAGUAAACUUUAUGGCUAGAAAAAGUUGGAAAAACUUCCCGGAAAUUUGAAUAAAAUAUAAUCGAAACCGACA